AUGAGCAAAUCCCAGAAAAGGAAACGCCUACACCAAGACGACGGCGACUCAAGAACUCCGCCUAAUAAAUCCACCGUGGAAGUCGGUGAUCCUUACCCUUCGCUUCUUAGACCUACCUCAGAAGAAUGUCGAGAGGUAAGGGAUGCUUUGUUUUCUCUCCAUGGGUUCCCUCCUGAGUUCGCCAGUUAUCGCCGUCAGAGACUCCGAUCGUUCUCCGCCGUUGAUGCGACGACGGAGAAGGAGAGCGAGAUUGAUGAGAGUGUGCUUGAUGGGCUGGUUAAAAUUCUUCUUUCUCAGAACACAACUGAGGUCAAUUCCCAAAGGGCUUUCGCUUCUCUCAAAGCUGCGUUUCCGAGAUGGGAACAAGUUCUUGUUGCUGAGUCGAAAUCAAUUGAGAGUGCUAUAAGAUGUGGAGGAUUGGCCCCGAAAAAGGCUCUGUGUAUCAAGAACAUAAUGAACCGUUUGCAGAACGAGAGAGGCAAAUUGUGCUUGGAGUACCUCCGUGGUUUAUCGGUAGAAGAAGCAAAAACCGAGCUCUCUCAGUUUAAAGGAAUAGGACCUAAAACGGUUUCUUGUGUUCUGAUGUUUAAUCUCCAGCACAAUGAUUUUCCAGUGGACACACAUGUAUUCGAGAUCUCAAAGGCGUUAGGUUGGGUCCCGAAAACCGCAGACAGGAACAAAACCUACGUUCAUCUCAACCGCAGGAUCCCCGAUGAGCUCAAGUUUGAUCUGAACUGUCUGUUAUAUACACAUGGUAAGCUCUGCAGCAAUUGCAAGAAGAAUGUUGCUAAGCCAAAAGCAAAAGCUAAAGUAGUAGUAUCCACUGAUGAUUGCCCUCUUCUGGGGUUUUGUCUAGAUAACCAGAAUUAG